CGGAGACACGCCCCAUCGCGCAACGCCUCUUUAUAACGGGCCCGAGUGAAGCACCAACAGUGAACGGACUUGUAAAACAGCGCUUGAGGGUGCAGCAAAUCCUAACUAUCUGGAAUAAGACUCUGAGAAACUUGAGAUGGAAAUGUAUCAAGCUGGAUUUUAUACAGAAGACUUCAGAACUCAAGAAGUUCCUGGUGGAUUUGACUUCAGUUCUCAUGACUACAGUGGUGAAGACCUGUCCUUUUUAUUAGACAGUAAAGGACCAGCCCAGCACCAGUAUCCUGAAACAUACUCUGAGCCCCAUAAGGAGCAUUUACAUGCUUCCAAAGGUAACACUCAGACGAUCAGUUCCACAGACUCUGGACUGUUUAAUCUGGACUCAUUCCCUGAGUUUAAUUGCUGGGCAUCAUACACGAAUAUUCCAGAGGGAAUGAUAGCAGAUAGACAACAGGUUGGCUUUCAAGAGACUGCUCAAACCUACCAGAACCUUGUCCCUCUGUGUCCUCCAGCCCAAAACGGUCCUUUCAGCUCAGGAAUGGACACCAGCAGUCAUUACCAACCUGGAAAAGCUCCAAGAUCAUUGAUCACCAAUAAUUUGGAACAUCUGGGUGAUGCUGAGAGAACAUAUGCUUUGUAUGAAGCCGACCAACAAAGCAGGUCUCCAUAUUGGUCCGACUACCCCUCACCAGGUUACUGCACAUCCAUGCUUGGACAGCCCCCAUCCUCCUCCUCCCCUCCGGUUUCUCAACCCUCAGAGACAUUCUGCCCCCGUGUGGUCAAGAGACGUAGUGCACCAUCUCAAAGAUCAGACAGGGAGGGAGACGUGACACCAAUGUCUGCUUAUCCAGGAUCUGGACCUAUUCAGCUGUGGCAAUUUCUGUUGGAACUUCUGCUGGACUCCGCUUGCCACACCUUCAUCAGCUGGACCGGGGAUGGCUGGGAAUUUAAAAUGUCAGAUCCUGCAGAGGUGGCAAAGAGGUGGGGCCAGUGUAAGAACAAGCCUAAAAUGAACUACGAGAAGCUUAGUCGUGGUCUGCGUUAUUACUACCACAAAAACAUAAUUCACAAAACAGCAGGCAAACGUUACGUCUACCGCUUUGUCUGCGACGUUCAGGGCAUGCUCGGGAAAACGGCACAAGAGGUUUUAGCCAGUCUAAACAUCUCGCCAUCAAAUGCAGGAUCUCCACAGUCUAAAGUAAGCACAACUAGAUCCGAGGAAACCACAGAGUCCUGGGGACAUUAAAGGAGAUCUGUCAGGAUCAAAUAGAACUGACAAACAUCACAAGUCAUGUCGAGGCUUGAAUUCUGACAGCAGCAUUCUAAGAUUGAACAGGAUUUUUUGCAGGAGCGAAAAAACAUUGGGGACUGCAGUUUUAGCAGCCUUGAGACAUCCCAGAUCAGUGAUCAAAUAUGUAUAGCCCCAGUUUGUUUUCUGUUAAUGGAAUACAGUUAGAUGGAUGCCUUAAAACUGUCGUUAGCUACCUCUUUUGAUGUUGGAAUACUAAUUUUGUAAAUGUAUCUUUUCUGUUUUGUAAACUGAUGUUGUGACAUCAGAUUGUGAAUUUUUGUAAAUAAACUGAAUGUUGUCAAUGUAAAUGUUUCUUCACAAAAUGUUGCUGGCCAGUCAUUAAUGUGGAAAUUUUAUAUCAGUAUCACAAAUCUAUACUAUCAAAAGUUGGGCUCACUUUGCAAAAAUAUAUGAUCUUAUGAAGCGACAGUUCACCCAAAAAUAAAACUUCUGUCAUCAUUUACACA